UCUUGAUUGCGGUCAUUAUCUUCAAGCUGAUAUAGCUGAUUAAGUUCAAAGUGUAUGUUGCAAUAUUUCCAAAUACUUGUUGUUGCAGUUGGCUUGGAUAAUAUAUUUAGGGAAUUCUGAUUUUGGCUUGAUAGGAAAAAAGAUACCAUGUCAGGACAAAAGCAACAUCCGCCACCAUACCAACCCCCGGGCCCGGGAUACGGCCCGCCCCAGGGACAGCAGGGUUAUCCACCACCCCAGGGGUAUGGGCCGCCCCCACCCCAGGGGUAUGCGCAGCCCCCACCGAUGAUGGCCGCGCAACAGUCGUCCAACGUGGUAGUCGUUCAAGCAGGGGGAAAUACGGUUAUAGGAGCAUGCGGUAGAUGCGGGAAUGGCGUCGCCGUGGAAAACUAUAGCAUAAUCGGAAUCAUCAUCGCGAUCGUGUUUUUCCCUCUGGGUAUUAUCUGCUGUUUAAUGAUGACAGAGCGACACUGUUCAAGCUGCGGGGCCCCGAUGUAGCGACGCAUUAUCCAGAAAAAAUAGAGCAAUUACGUCACAUUAAUUUAGUUACGACGUCAUAAGUUUUUAACGUGUAUGACUUGUUUUGGGACUCUUAUUAUGUAACCUGUUACAUUUUAAAUGUUAUAUUGAUUUGAAACUAUUUUAUACAAUAAAUAAGACAAAACAUU